CACAUUUACCUGAGAAUCAGAGGACACUGCGAGUCAUACCUGGGAAUAAAACUAGCCCUGUUCAAGGAAUUAUCUUUUGCACUAAGGAGAAUAAAAUCUAUAGGCAUGGAUAAACGACUGAUUCUCAUUGUUCUGUUGGUGACACUAUCCUUGGAAUUUAUGGUCAUCCAUGCUCAGGGCAGUAUUGCAACUACAGCAGCAUCAGCCAGCAAUGCAACCACAGUAGCAUCAGCUAACAAUGCAACCACAGUAGCAAGAGCUAACAAUGCAACCACAGUAGCAUCAGCUAACAAUGCAACCACAGUCACAUCAGCCAGCAAUGCAACCACGGCAGCACCAAACACACUCCCGGCAGUGGCUAGUAUUUCUCGACAAGAAUGUGGCUCCUCCAAGCUCUGUKCAGCUGAACCCAAAGAGUGCAAUCCCGCUUCUGGAGACUGCUAUUUCCUUUCUGCCAAGCAACAAAGUGGCCAAAAGUACGACUUUGAGCUCUCAGGACAGACAACAGGCUACAUUGCUGCUGGUGUGUCAAAUGCUGCAAUUCAGACUACCAGUUUCAGAGCCUACGUCUGCGCUAACCAUAAUGGUGCUGUCCGUUUCUUCACUGGCUUCAUCAAUAAUCUGGUUUUAAAUCUCACAGGGACGCUGGACUCAAGCAAUGAGCGGGGAUCGGUCAACUCAGGCAAAAUCCAGUGUACAUUUUCAGCUGUUCUACCUGACACAAUUACACGAGCAGCAGAUUAUGCUUUGUCUAUUACAACUGGACCUUACAAUGCCAGUUCUGGGCAGCCAGGAACAGCAAGCCUCAGAAUACUAACGCCUGUCRUAAGCCUCUCCGACCCGACCGCCAACGCCACCAAUUUGCUGAGCAACAGCACUAACAGCACUUCGUCUGCUUACCCGGUCACACACACACAGUCAUUCUUGCCAGUUCUGCUGGUCACCGUGUCAAUGCUGGCUUUCACAGCAGUAUGAAGCAACUGACCUCCACCACUACACAAGAAAAAAAACAGACUUUUUCAAGAGUCCAGCAAGUUGGCAAGAUUUUUACCAGCAUAUCUCAUCAUUCCUAACAGCUUUUGGGUUCAAAGUUCUGGUUACCUUUGAAGCCCAUUGUACUGGUGCAUGUUGAAAAUUUCUAAUCUGACUUCUUUUGACUUUAUGUAAUUGUAUUCUUUGUUGUAAUUGUGGUGUUAUUCUUAAAUUAUGAAGUCUUUACUGGCUGAUGUGAAUGGGCAUGUUGAUACAAACGAAUGUUAAAUGUGGUACCAACAUUUGGUGAAGGUAAUUUAUUUGCACAAAAUUUAAAUAAAUCAGUGAUUCUUGAGAAUAGGGACAAAACAGGUCCUAUG